GUUGUUGAAAUGGGAGGACGGGAGCAGCUGCGGUAGGACCACGAGCCGAACCUGGGACGUCAGCAGGAACCGGACCGUGCCGGACUCACCUGUCUGACAGCAGGAGCCAAUGUGAGCAUUAAGAAGGAUUCAUUAUGACCUCAACACAACCACUCAUCCUCUGUCAACCCUUGGAGGAAGAUUUGGAUGAAGAUGAGCAGGGCGAGCCCUUUGAUUUUGAUGACAGCGAUGACAUCAGCUCUCACAUGACCUCUUCUGUGCCUUGGAAUGACCAAACCACAAACACAUCAAUGGCAAAUCCUUAUGACAAGACAGAGACACCCCACAAGAUGGCCGCCAUGAAUGGAACAACUAGAACCGGCUGUUCAGGCAUGGAGGUCAGAGAAUCACCAGAGGGACGCUCCACCUCCUCUGAUCUGGGAGUGACAGCUGAGUCUGAGGGUUUCUGGAAAACAUGCAGCAUUUAUGAAGGAAAGUCCUCUUCAAUGCCCAAAGAUGGUCUGGGCACAUCCAUCUGUGCAUUAAGUGGGUGUAGCACGCAGCAGGCUGCUGAGGUGUCUUCCUCAGUUAGUCUGCAGACUGAGCAACACGUCCCUGCUGCUGCAGACAGACCAGCCAACCAGGAUACAGUCACCUGCAUCCCAGAAAAUAAUUUCAAAAGCACAGAAGUCAUCUAUGAUGACGUUCCCACUGAGAAUCCCCCGACACCGUUGUACAAUGUGGAUGACAUCUAUGAGGACAUCCAAAUACCUGAUUACCAUGACAACAGCUGCUGGAGCUCUGAUGAGUUUGAGAGUUAUGAGGAGCUUUCGGACGGUGGGACAGCUCCCCCAUCUCGACGCAGCAACAAAAUUGAGGUGCUGAGUCUGAAAGAGCGUUGUGCCAUCACCAGAAGGGAGCUAGCAGUGCGACUCAGUUCGCCACAUGUUGCCCACAUCAGACAAAGCUGUGAUACUAAGGUGCAGCAGCUGAUGAAAGCAGCCAGGAAUGGUACCAAGGAUGGUUUAGAGAAAACUAAGUUAGCCAUGAUUCGUAAAGUGUCCUUCCUGCAGAGUAAAGACUCCACAGGUGAGGGAAAGGAUGAUGCCGGUUACAUGGAUGUGUCCGUCUGUGAGUUGAAACACCCUCCAGCAAAGCUCUGCCCCAUGCCAGAGGGGCUCAGCAGUCAGCAGGUCGUCAGGCGCCUCAUCCUCAGCUCGAUUGUGCAAAGUGAAAGCAGCUACCUGGACUCUCUCAGAAGGAUCCUGCAGGAGUACGAGAAGCCUUUGAUGGAGCCACAGUCGGGGAUCCUGAGUCCAAAGAAGGUGCGUCAGAUCUUUUUCCGUCUGAAGGAGAUCCAUCAGUGUCACUUGAUGUUCCAGAUAGCUCUCGCAUCCCGCGUGGGCGACUGGGAUCAGAGCGAGAUGAUCGGCGACCUGUUUGUAGCCUCAUUUUCUAAGUCCAUGGUGCUGAGCGUGUACAGUGACUACAUAAACAACUUCACCAACGCCAUGGUGCUCAUCAAGAAGGCCUGCAUGACUAAAGCUGCUUUCCUGGACUUUCUGAAGAAGAAACAGGCUUCCAGUCCAGACAGAAUCACUCUGUACGGCCUGAUGGUGAAACCAAUCCAGCGCUUCCCUCAGUUCAUUCUGCUACUGCAGGACAUGUUGAAGAACACUCCGAAGUCCCACAGCGACCGGUUGCCUCUGCAGCUGGCUCUCACUGAGCUGGAAACCCUGGCUGAGAAGCUGAAUGAGCAGAAGCGUUUGGCAGAUCAAGAUGCUGAGAUCCAGCAGUUGGCGCACAGUAUGGGUGGUCGCAAUCUCAGCAAGCUUCUGAACUCAGAGCAAAGGCAGCUGAUUCAAUGUGAACUACUAACUGAGACUGUCUACGGUGAUAAAGGUCAAAUUCUCAAGUCAAGGGAGCGAAAGGUCUUUCUCCUCAACGACACCCUGAUUUGUGCAAAUGUCAACCUGAAGGGCCCCCCUGAUAUCAGCAGCCUGGUUCCUGUCGGUCCCAAAUAUUCAGUGAAGUGGAGUGCACCUCUGUCACAGAUUCAGGUGGUGGAGGUGGGCCAGGACAGUCUGCAGAACAAAGACAGCACCAUCACAACCAGAUGCCACAACUCCAGCGGUAAAGUGUUCUUAGGACCUCCAAGAUUGUAUGAAGAUCUGGAGGAGCUGCAGCAUGAUCUGGCGGUGGUGGAGGAGGUGGCCCUGCUGGUCGGCACGCUCCAUGGAAUCUACCAGAAUCUCAACCCCACAGUGUCUCAUGACUGGUGUCUAGCUCUACAGAGGCUCAUCCGUCUAAAAGAAGAGGAGAUCCAGAAUGCCAACAAAUGCUGCCUUCGUAUUUCUGUUCCAGGGAAACCUGACAAGUCUGGUCGUCCAGUGAGCGUCAUGGUGGUCUUCAACACUCCCAGCCCUCACAGUAAGAUUUCCUGGGUGAACCGACUUCAUCUUGCUAAGAUGGCUCAGAAGAAAGAAAACACUUCAGGGUGGGAAUAUGCUGAAGAAGAUGGAAAGAUGAAAGCUCUGUUUAGUUUUCCAAUGCUGACCUGCUCACUCCCUGUUUUGCCCUCCACAACAAACACAAUAAGGAUGAAGGCAGCUCUUCACAGUCCAUCACAGUCCAGCCUGCUUGGGUUCUGCUCCAUCAGUACAUGCUUACCACAAGGAUACCUCUGGGUUGCCAGUGGGGGAGGCACCUCCAACCACGGCCAAAUACAGAUGUUCUCCUUAAACCGUGCCACACCUCGCCUGGUUAAAACCUUUCCACUGAAGUCGGCAGUCCUCUGCCUGGAGUAUGUGAAGGAGCCAUGUCCCAGCACAGAGGAGGAGGAAGACGUCCAGAAGGCACAGAGUGUAGUCAAGUUAGGAAAUAUCAUCUGUGUUGGCCUGCAGGAUGGAAGUAUCCUUGUGCACAGCUGUGUGGACACAACAGUUCAAUGUCUGCAGACCUUGGUGAACCCUGACAGCUGCCCAGUCCUCUGCCUCAAACACUCACCAGCUUUCCUCUUUGCUGGACUGGCCAAUGGCAAAGUAGCUGUGUUUCACAGAAAAGCUGGAGAGAUGCUGUGGGAUAUGAACUCAUGCAAGCUGGUGUCCGUGGGCUCUGAACCAGUCUUGAGUCUGCUGACACUUGAAGAUGCUGUAUGGUCCAGCAGUGCCAACCAAGUUACUGUUAUCCAAGGAACCAGCCUCCACACACAGAACUUCGAAGCCCACCCUGACCCAGGCUGCAGUGUUAGCCACAUGGUCCAUUCGGGUGGAGGGGUUUGGAUGGCCUUCUCAAAGGGCUCUUCCAUUUACUUGUUUCACACAGAGACCUUGGAGCUACUGCAGGAUGUCAAUAUCUCAACCCGCUCCAACAAUCUCUCACCAGGAGAGGUGUGGAUCUCCAGCUUACUGAUCUGUCAGGGUCUUUUGUGGGUGGGCACUAACCAGGGCGUCAUCCUCACUUUCCCAGUACCCUCUCUGGAGGGUAUUCCUAAAAUCACAGGAAAGGGGAUGACAUCUCUGAAUGCUCACUGUGGCCCAGUGGACUUCCUGGUGCCAGCCUCCAGCACCCUGGCCUCUGACUUACUUAGACGAGAAGUCAACAACAGCAAUGAUGAGGGUGCUGAUGGAGAGGAAAAACUGGGAGUAGGGGAAGUUAAUAAUAGAGGAGGAGAAAGUGGGGCAAGAUUGGAAAGGAGCAGCUGUUCCCAAGUCUCAGAAGCUUCUUCACGGAAGGAAGGGAAGCCCAAGCGUCUCCUGCUACAGUAUCGCCUCAGCUCCACCUGUCAGCUUCCUGGAAAGCUGCUGACAGCCCUGCCAGAACAGGGUGGGGUAAAGGCCCCUCCAGACUCCCUGGAGCACAGCCCAGAGGAUGGCUCCAUCUAUGAACUGAGUGAAGACCCUGAUGUGUGGGUAAGGGGACGGACCAUGGAGUGGGGAAAGGAGAGGGAGGCCAAGCGCAGUAAUGUCAUGUCAACAGCCAUUUUCUCUGGUGGGAGAGGAUACCGCAGGAUAGACCAGCCGGUUUCAGUGGAAUCCACCGAAAACACACUGCUGGUGUGGCAGCUCCCUCUCACUCUCGGUCAGUGAUCACAUGACUGAUCUGACCAGCUCCACCGUUUAACUGUGUUACUGCAUUUCCAGACACAUCUGCUACUUUAAAAUAAAGAAAAGUAAAGAAAAUCAGGGACACAUCAGUUUGGCUAUAACAGAGGUUCUAUUAUUGUUUUACAGUGGCUUGAAAAAUAUUCAUCCCAAAUGGUGUUUUUUUUUCUUUUGUAAAUUAUAUAAUUCAAACUCAUUUUAUUUUUGUUUUUUAAAAAAACAAUAGGUCCAAAUUGGUGAAGUUAUAGAAAAUAAACUCAACUCGGCUUUAUUUAUAUAGCCCUUUAAAACAACCACAGCUGAAACAAAGUGCUGUACAAAAAUGGACAAAGCAACACAUAAAAAUACAAAAAUC